GUUCCUCUUUAUUCUGAGCAGCGCAAGUCUCUAUUAUGCAUCCGAAUGCCUGUUUUUUUAAUCCGUAGUUAAUAAGAAAUACAAGUUUUGCGAUGCAUCACCUCUUUUUUUGUCAACAGUACUUUUUUGCCAUCAUCAUAUUUUCUCCAAUAGUGGAUGACUUUUGUUCACCUUUAAUCUGAAAAACUUUCUGGAUUUUUUUAUACAUCAAUUCACUAAAUUGACAUUUAUAAACUCACCAUGCAUUUGACCGAGACUUGUGUAUGUGUACUAUUUGUGUGUGCAGUGACAUCAGCGUGGAAUAAUAGAGAUAACGAUGAUGAAGGACGAUCAUGGAGGAGAGAGCUGGCUAAAAGGUGUCGAUCUGAAUAUAGAGAAUGUCGCUUUGAUGUGAGAGGAAAACCACUUGGGAGGGUGUGCGGUUCAGACAAUAAGACUUAUAAAGACAUUUGUAGAAUGAUGAAGGUAGCUUGUGAAAGGAGAAAACAAAUUGACCUUAUAUAUGACGGAUCAUGUAAAAGGAGGGACAAAGCGCCAAAUAAAGGAAUAACGUCAGGGGCAGGGGAUAGUUCGGAAAGCUCUGAAGUAUCCAGGGCAGCAUACUGUGUCAGAAUCAAGCAACAGUGUCCCAAGCAUCGUUUACGAGGUCCCAUCUGUGGGACGGACGGAAAGACGUACAGCAGCGAUUGUGAGCUGGAGAAGGCCAACUGCGAUGGGUCUCUGGUCCAGAGAGCAUCGAAAGGAAGAUGCUUUAGGAUAUACACACCCAGUACAACAACAAAUCCUCCAACGCAAAAACCUUGUCGAAGGAGUUGUCCACACCCGUCGCUGACUGGUUCCCGACUCGUAUGCGGCACGGACGGUGUUACAUAUCUCUCAGAAUGCCAUCUAGAAGUACUGAAAUGCCUAUUGGGUAACAUGGUCCAUGUCCUGUACUAUGGACCUUGCAGGCGAAGAGCCUAUCCCUAUCCCUAUCCUGCCACUACCACAACUACGACAAGGCCACCUACCACUCUGCUGUCUACGACGCGCCCUACGACAGUUGCUACGACCAUCCUCCCAGCCCCGACAGAGAAGCCGAUCCCGACAGCAAUGUUUCCGGAAAUCAAUCCAGCUGAUGAUCCUUAUUCAGAUGGUGGUCCCUGCCCGAAUGCCUGCCCAGACAACAAGUGGAAACCUGUUUGCGGGACGGACGGAAAGACAUACGAGACAUUGUGUCACCUACGGUACGAGGCCUGCAUGCCAGGAACACCCGACGUAUCACUGGCCCACAUAGGAGAAUGUGCCGGAGAUGAUUGCGCAAUUUCAUGUGAUGGGUUUGGCUACACCCCUUGUUGUGGAACAGACGGCAUAACAUACUACAACAAGUGCGAGCUAGAAAGAUAUGCUUGUUUCACCAAUACACCCAAAACAAAGCUAUACGUAGAGCAUCCAGGUGCAUGUGUAGCACCUUCACCAGGAUGUCCAUCUGCAUGUCCUGCGCCUGAUGAUAAUGACGUUUGUGGAUCCGAUGGAAACACUUACCCAUCCCUGUGCCAUCUCAACAGACAAGCGUGUUUAGACAGCAGCACUCUCAAUAUAGAUCAUCCAGGGGCCUGCGCCAUAGCCACCAUAGAUCCAUGCAAGCAGAAUUGUCCAUAUCUUUACUCGCCAGUCUGUGGUUCAGAUGGGACGACGUACUUGAACCAAUGCUUCUUCGAUGUGGCAAAGUGUCGAUCACCUGGUCUUCUAGGAGUCUCGGGUUCAUGCGGACUUAGGAUAUCAUGAUCCCCUACUUAAAAGGUAGAUCCAGGAUAUAUCUUCGUCAUAUUUAUUGAGCAGAAAAACCAAAAAACUGAAGAAAAAUGAGAAAAAAAUAUAUAGUAAAGUGAAAGCAGUAAGACAAUUAAAUAUCCUACAGAGGAACUUAGGCCAAAAACGAAGCAGUCUACGCGUUCUUCAUUUACGUUUUCAUCAGGUAGACGCUUAUAAAAGUAUUGAUACUUUGUUGAACUCAGAUUACAAUGGAUUAUAUAACAACCAAAUCUUAAUAUAAACACUUCAGUUUCUGGUGCUUAAAGGUAAAGACCAGUUAUGGUCAUGCGAUUGCAUUGUGAAAGAAACGUUGUGGAAUC